AAGGGAGCGAAAGGUGGGAAUAGGGUGCACCAAUUGAGUGAGAAGCAGCGAGCAGUGGGGGCGGAGCAAGAGGAGGAAGGAGAAGGCUUCGGGGGAGCGCGGAGAAGAGAGACAGUGGCAGCUGAGUGCAUGCAAGUAGAAGAGAAGCAAAGACCAAGUCAUCAUGGCAUCAGUGUCCACGCAUGGAAACCAUGAUAAACCUCAUUUGCCACCGCCGAGCCAGCAGAGCCUGUUGUUUUGUCCAAAAUCAAAACUGCACAUCCACAGAGGGGAGAUUUCAAAGAUUAUCAGAGAGUGUCAAGAAGAAAGUUUCUGGAAGAGAGCUCUGCCUUUUUCUCUUGCAAGCAUGCUCGUUACCCAGGGACUAGUCCACCAAGGUUAUUUAGCAGCUAACCCAAGAUUUGGAUCAUUGCCUAAAGUUGCACUUGCUGGCAUCUUGGGGUACGGCCUUGGAAAGGCAUCCUACAUAAGAGUGUGCCAGAGUAAAUUCCAUUCCCUUGACGAUCAGCUCCGUGGGGCUGGUUUUGGCCCAGGCCAUAACAGGCACUGCCUGCUUACCUGUGAGGAGUGCAAAAUUAAGCAUGGAUUGAGUGAGGAGCAAAGUUCACAGCCCUCAGCUUCCUAGACUCUGCAUCUGGGGCUUUUGAAGUUUCUUAAACCUCUGAAUGUGUACACACUUAAAGUUUCAAGUAUACUUUAAAAUAAUAUACUUACAUUGGAACAGAAGCAUUGGGAUUCUAUUGAAAUGCUUUAGGUGGAAGAUUAUCAGUUGAAUUGAAAAUUGUAUGUUUUUCUACUGUGUAACAACAUGCUGUGAGAGUUCACACACCAAAAAGAAGAAACGUUGUAUUCUAACUUGCUUACAGCAAAGUAAAAGAAUUUAGAGUCCUC